CGUUAAUGACGUCGCUCCCAUCGCGUGCGGAGAGCAGUGAGAGAGCCGGCUGCUGAGCGCGUUAUAACCGCUUAUAACGCCUUAAUAACACGGAGCUCGCAGCGUUACACAGCACAAAGUGUCUGGAUUUACAUUUCUGUAUCUGUUCAUCUGCUCUAAUUUAUCUGGAUAAUGAGCUCGAGCGGUAGCUGGUCUGCAGAGGAGGAUCAGUCCUCCAAGUUAAUGAGGAAGGCCAAAGAGUCUCCGUUUGUCCCUAUAGGAAUGGCGGGCUUCCUCGGAGUCGUGGCGUACGGACUGUACAAGCUGAAAUCUCGUGGAGACACUAAAAUGUCUGUCCACCUGAUACACAUGCGGGUCCGGGCUCAGGGCUUCGUGGUCGGCGCCAUGACACUCGGUGUGAUGUACUCGAUGUAUAAGGAAUAUCUGGCUCCUCGUGAGUGAACCUGCAGAACUGCUCCACAUCUGCACUGAAUUUAUUCCAGCUGUUUAUUUAUUCACUUAAUUUACACUCAAUUAAGCACUAAAGAAUAAACUGUAGUUCUGUUUUAGCACCAAAUUCCUAUUAAUGAUCACGGAGAUAUAAAAUAUAUACACAGUGCAGAUAUAGUCAUAUAUGAACAAGUGCAGAGACAUUCAUUUUAUUCAUAGAUAGAAUUCUCACCACAUUCUUCCGUGGAUCUGUAGGACAGCCAGCUCCAGAAGUAUUGGCACCCUUGAUAAAGAUUUGUGAAGAUGCCUUUGUGGUUUUCUUCAAUAAGACUUUUUAUUUAUUUAUUUUUUUACAAUAAAUGUAAAAAAUACUCAAAUUAAAGGCAGGACUUCGCUCAUAUUUCAGUGUGAGUUCAUUAACCACACACACACACACACACACUAUCUUUCUUUAUGGAGGGUGCCAAUAUUUCUGAAGCUGACUGUAAAUUAAUCCUCUGCAGCAUUCAUUAAUGUGUUAAAGUUAAUUUAGUGUGCAGUGUAACGGUCACAGCUCUGAUCAUUAAACACUGAUUUAAAGUGAUUUAAGGUUUUUGUGCAGCAGGAAACUCGAGCAUCGGCUUCACAUCUGAUCUGUUUUUAAUUUAAAUUUGAGGUGAAAAAUGUUUUAUUUUAGAAUUUUAAUUUGCAUUAAUUUUGUAGGGUUUUUUCGGAGCUUAUAUAAUAAUUAAAAAUAAAAUAUUUUGCUGUCUCACACGAA